CUCGCAUACGUGUUCCGUGUCCAGAGCGCCUGCCCCAUCCGACAUGGCAUAGCAGCUCAGUAGCUGCGCCCAAUCAGGCCGCAGUCGCCACCACGCUCGCCGGCCAAAUCCUUCUCGGCCUCGCCGGAACGACGCGCUUCGGGUUUCUUUAAAAGAGCCGCCCUCCCCUCCCUCUUGGUGUCACUCACCACAACCCAACUCCCUCUCCCUCCCCCCGCCGGUCACGCCCACUCGCUCCUUCCUCGUCGAGCGACGCAUUCUAGCUACCAGCGUCUAACGGGCUGCGCACGGCGAGGUCCAUGGAGAGCGCCGACGGCAGCAAUGGGGCCGGCGGCGGCGGCCUGGUGGUGACGGAGCUGAGCCACAUCAAGGAGCUGGUGCGGCAGCUGGAGGUGCACCUCGGCGGCGGCUCGUCGCACGAGCUCUGCAGGCACCUCACCACGCAGAUCUUCUCCAUCACCGAGCGCUCCAUCGGCAUCAUGACCGCCUCCUCCGGCCUCGACGCCGCCGGCGCCCGGAAGCGGGCCGCCGGGCUCGCCUCGCCCCUCCCGGCCACGCCCACCAGCGACGUCGCCGACGGGCCUUUCAGGAGCACCAAGAAGAGGAAGGUGAUGGAGAAGAGGAAGCACCAGGUGCGGGUGAGCUCGCCCGGCGGAGGCGCCGGCGAGAACCCGGUGGACGACGGCCACAGCUGGAGGAAGUACGGCCAGAAGGAGAUUCUUGGAGCCAAGCACCCAAGGGGCUACUACCGCUGCACGCACCGCCACUCCCAAGGAUGCUUGGCGACGAAGCAGGUGCAGCGCACCGACGAGGACCCGGCGCUCGUCGACGUCAUCUACCACGGCGACCACACCUGCGUCCAGAGGCCGGCGGCGGCAGGCCAGGGCCAGCCGCCGGAGCACAACCCGGACGCGAGCAGCUUCCUGCAGAGCCUCACCGCGGGCCUCUCGGUGAAGACCCAGGGGCUGCCGGCCCUGGCCGCGGACCCGCAGGGCUGGAGCGCCACCGCGCCGUUCUACUUCUCCUCCUCGACGCCGGCGAGCGUGCGCCCGGCGACGGCAGAGCGCAGCCCGUUCUCCGCGCCGUCGACGUCGGAGAACUGGGGCGUGUCGCCGGCGACCUCGGACUCGAACCACGUCGCGCCCUACCUGCCGUUCGAGGACGCCGAGUGGCGGGGCCGGAACGAGCUCCAGGAGGUGGUGUCCGCGCUCGUGGCCGCCAGCGCGCCGCCGGCGCCCGCCGUGGACGGCCUCGACGAGCUCCUCGACAUUGACAUCGCGAGCUUCUUCGCGUGAUCCGCGCGCGCAGAGGAUCGUAGCUGAUGAAGAAUAGGGAGGGAAUCGAAGCAGCUGAUGUGAUGUGACCGCCCCUCUGGGCUCUGGGCGUUCGUCCAGGAACAGAGGAGGGAAGAGCACGAGAGCUCUGCUUCCUGGGUCCAUGCCGGCGUCAACCGUAGGAGAUGAGACUCAUGAGAGUAGUGGUUGCUUUUUUUUUAACCAACUUUUUUGUUGGUUUUUUCCUUCUUCUUCUGAGAGUGGUGUGUUGCAUUGUAUUAUUAUUUUUUGUGUCAAGGAAAAAAUAAAGAUCCUUCGAUGUUUCGAACCAUCA